GACCCUGGAGGUACCUUCCAACUCUAUGUAUUAUCUUCUUAAUGAAUGGGAUGCCUCUCUUUGUCACUUCCAGUUCCAGGAAGGAGGGGGAGUGAACUCUCCUAUCGCGGGCCCUUCAAAGGCUUAGAAGCUGCACGCAGCCUCAUGGAAGCUGGUGGCUUGUUAACCUUGCUAGUUUCUUAUAAAUCUGACCAGUGCAGUUUGGUUCAGCUUCGAGUGUAAGCCUUGACCUCACUGAAGACUCAAGAUGUUGCUACUGAAUUGGAAGGCACUGGAGAAUUUUCCACUUCUCAUGUACAUUUUAGCAGCUAAAACAUUAAUCCUUUGCUUAGCGUUUGCUGGUACAAAAAUGUACCAGAGGAAAAGGCUUGAAGAAAAAAUGAAAAAAGAACAGGAGGAGAAACAGAAAAGGGAAGCUGAGAAGAAAUGGAACUGAAGAAUCUUAAGAGGUAUGAACAGAUUGGCAU